GCGAUGGGUAAAACGUGAAAGUGAGAAUGUUUUCAUCCAAAGUUGAGUAUCCGGAUCUCUUGCAAAGUUUCAGCUCGUGCGAAAUCUCCCACUUACAUUAUCACAAUUACCUGACGCGACACUGCAUCUACCCCUAUUUUCCUCACCUUUGGUUACCGCUACCGGUAAGGGUGCAACAACCGCCGCGUCCCGAGAAGCCCCCUUACUCGUACAUCGCCUUAAUCGCGAUGGCAAUUAGUUCGUCUCCAAAGCAGCGAUUGACACUCAGUGGCAUUUACCGUUACAUAAUGGACAAUUUUCCCUACUACCGCGACAAUAAGCAGGGUUGGCAAAACUCGAUAAGGCACAACCUAAGUUUGAAUGACUGCUUCGUGAAGGUUCCCAGAGAUCGUGUGUCGCCCGUCGGUCCGGAACAGACCGGAGGAAAAGGAAGCUACUGGAUGUUGGAUCCUGCGGCCAUUAACAUGUUCGAAAAAGGAAAUUAUAGACGAAGGAAAACGCGCAGACAAAGAGUAUCGGAGUGUACCUCCACUUUAUUACAGGAACAAGCACUCGCGUUAGUUUCAAGAAAUUCAUCAAAUUCCUCCACGAAAACGGGCGAAGAAGGGAUUUGCGAAACUCCUUUACAUAAAUAUAAAAACUCGAGUUUAUUUACGAUAGAAAAUCUCAUAAAAUCUAGCAAUAUUAGUGAUAAAGUUGAUUAAACAGUUCGAUGUUUGUUUACGUCUUUUUCUUUGAUGUUACCAUAUCAAAAUGUGAUUGUAUCGGUGUUAGCUUUAGUAAUAAUAAAUAAGUGUUUAUGUCUUUA